GGCUCUCUUUUCACCCAGCAGCGCAGGGGCGGCGUCGGGCUGCCGGAACGGGCGCUUCCCGGCCUGCCGCUGGUCUCCGGCCGGAGGGAGCUGCCCUGGCGCCUGGCGCAGCUCUCCGGGCACCUGAAGCCGCUCCGGGCCCCUCCCCCCGGCCUGGCUGCGACUGCUCGGGGAGCCUGGCAUGGGGCUCGGGGGGUGAGGGCGCGGCCGCACCGCCGCUUUCCCCCCGGGGGGGGAUGCUUCUGCUGGGCUCCCCGGCUGUUGCCCUGUGACCCGGACCGCAGCGCAGCCGGAGGACUACCAUGGCGAGGCCGAGGCCGUGGGGCAGCGCUCUGCUUCUCCUGGCCCUGCUGUUCCCCCUGGUGCUGCCUUUGGACGCCGGGAGGGAAGCGCUAGAUUCAGAGGCGCCGGCCGCCGCGGCGCCCGGAGCCGCUUCCCUGCCGCUGAUCCAAAUGCUCCUGAGCCAGGCGACCCCCAGAUCCUGGCCCCACGGUCGGGGCCGGAGGCGAGCCAGCGGGCAGCCCCUGCGUUACAUGCGGGACCUCUACUGGAGCCUGGCGGACCGGCACGGCCGGCCCCGGAGGGACUGGCGGCUCUCCGGAAACACCAUCCGCCUGGUCCGGCCCUCCGCCAAGGCCCGCCAGGCUGGGACAGGCUCCUGGUUCAUCUGGGCCCUGGACUACCACCUGCAAGUGCAGUCGCCAGCCCAGCACCUGGUCAGGGCUGCUGUGGUGUACGCUCAGUGGCCAUCCUCGCCUCACGGCCCACUCUGGUGCACGGCCAGCCUGCUCCCCGGCAGAAGUGCCCCGCCAUGGGAGGCGGUCAGCCCAGCUCUGCUGAAGGAUGCGACCACCAAGUCUGCCCUGGACAGCUGGGUGGAGAUGGACCUCUCCUCAAGCCUCCAGCCAUGGACCUGGGCUGCCCAGAAGAGCCACCUGCUUCGCCUGCACCAUGUGUGCAUCUUCCUGGGCUGGGCUCAGGGCUCUCCUCCUGGACCUGGCUGGGGGGACCCCCCAUCCCUGGAGGACCCCUUCUUGCUGCUCUACCUCAACGACACUCAGAAACCCCCCCAGGCCGCCCUGGGGCACUCUGUGCCUUUCCCCAGGGGGCAUCCCCGGGGCUCUGCCCAUGCCCACAGAACCCGCCGGGCUGAUGCACUGGCCCUCGACUUCCCCAGCUACAGCCGCACCCCCAGUGUCAGGCAUAGCGAGUGUGCCCUCCACCCCUUCCGUGUCAGCUUUCGCCAGCUGGGCUGGGACCACUGGAUCAUCGCUCCCCACUGGUACCGGCCCCAGUUCUGCAAGGGUGGCUGCCCCCGCGUCCUGCGCUACGGCUACCACUCCCCCAACCACGCCAUCGUCCAGAACCUGAUCAACGAGCUGGUGGACCAGCACGUCCCCCGCCCCUCCUGUGUCCCCCACGAGUACAGCCCCAUCAGUGUCCUCAUGAUUGAGCAGAACAACAACAUCCUGUACAAGGUCUAUGAAGACAUGAUUGCCAAGUCCUGCACCUGCCGGUGAGCAGCUUCAGUUGGGUGGCUGUGACUUUCCCCCCAGCCGCAUCCCUCUGGCCUCUGGCAAGGACUUUGCAGGCUGCAGAAUGGCCUCCUCUCCUGGGCCUUGGCUCACCUUCCACUGACUGCCACAUCAAGAGGUGAUCCAGGUUUUAAUGCAUCUGGCAACUUUUCACUUGGAUCCAAGACCCUCCUUUCCCGGUGACACAGUGGACUAGCACCUUGGGCUGUUUUAUGCAAGGAUUUUUAUGCACAGGUUGGCAAAUCCUCCUCCUCCUCCUUUUUACAAGAAAAAGAGUGCACUGGCACUCCUGGAACAGUUUCACCUUGACAGAACCUGGUGGAGAACAACUGAAGGAAGCGCAGCCAGCACUCCUGAGAAGGGGCUGUGGUGAAGCAGGUGGGUCCACGGGAGGUGGGAGCCAUGGAUAUUGGCUUUCCUGGGGGUGUCCUGGGGAUGUGGGAUGUAGGUGUCCCUCUGCUUAUGACCACCAGCACUUUGUCUCGCUGCUUGCACAUGGAUCUUGAUGCUGGGGGUUGCGGCCCCUUUUGGCCCAGCAGCUUGGCUGCUUCCUACAGCCUGGUCUGAAGAAAAAGGAUGUGCAGGUUCUGCAGUCACAGGUUCCCCCCCCCCCCCGCCUCUCCAGUGGCCCUCUUCCCCACUGCCAGCUCUCCCUCCUCCAGCAAGGGCUGUGUGGUCUCUAGAGUACCCCCCCCCCCAUUUUUUGCUCCUGCUGCUUGAGGGUCGCUGCUCUGUUGCCAGUUCUUCCCUUUGCUGCUUGUACCUCUCACUCUGCCAAUAAAGUAACUCUCGCUGUCACCUGCAAUCUUGGGAGAUGUCAAGCAGUGAAUUCCUGAAAAAUUUUAAAAAGAGGGCCUUAUGGCGGCGGGGGGAGUGGGAGGGAAGAAUCUGCUGUGGGGGUUCUUUGCUCCCUGAGAAAGCUGUUUCUGGAAGCAAAGGGGGACGCGUAUUUUAAACGAAACGAGAAGGUUGUUUGGGAGAGUGGCUGUUUUGCAGUGGGUUGGGGGCUUGCUCAUCCUGACCCCACCUAGGAGAGAUUGCCAUUUCCACAGCCUGGCCAGACUGAGAGCCCCCCAUACCCACCCCAAGCCCCUUUCUGGGACAGUUGGCCAGGCAGCUGGGCAUUUGAGCUUUCCUCUCCCAUCCUCUGCUUGGUGGAGUCUUGGGGGGAAGGCUCCUGGCUCAGCUUCUGACUGUCUUGCACCUGGGGGUGGAUUGCGCUCCCCCUCCUCCCACUGCCCCUUGCCGUGCAUUUUCGGCCUUGUCUGUGUCUUUUGCGUCACCCUUCUUUGUCUGCACCUUGUCACCUGCCCAGCCUGAAUAAGCUGUCAUAAUUUGGGAAACCUUUCUAUUUAUUAAUUGGUGUAUUUAAAUGCGAUCAUGCAAUAA